UACACAAAGACCCAAUCUUUCUUCACUCCAAAGCUUCACUGCCACUACCUCUGCAACACCCGCUUCUCGAUUUCAGAGGUAAAAAGUCUCUUCUUUUAUGUCUCUCGGUCAUUAUUACUAUGCAGAACGCAUAUGUUAGCUCAACUAUUUACUCUUUCAGAACCAAAGCUUCAAUCUUUAAUGACUACUCUUACUUGUUGAAUGAGAGAUUUGAUAGAAACCCAAUUCACUCAUUGAUAAUAUCAACACCAACACCGUGUUGUUGUGAUUGUUGUGCAUUUUUGACUCCAAGAGUGCCCAUAAACCCAUGUUACUUAUAUGGAUUGAGGCAGUCGUCUCUGCUUCAAUGGUCAGGUUCUAGAAGGUUGUUAUUUGGUGGGAGGGACCGGGUUUGUUACCGGGUUCAGGAAUGUGAACCGGGUCCGGGUUGUUGUGAGGUGUCUUGGGGAGUAAGGAGUGGUUAUAGAAGGGAUGGGAGGAGAGGGAAGGGGAAAUGUGGUUGUGUGGUAGAGGAGGAAGGGGAGAGUGAAGCUUGCGAUUCGGAGGGGCUUAGUGAUGUUGAUGCUGUGUUGAGUUUGUUGAGUGAGGAAGUGGGGGAGGAGUGUUUCGGAACGGGGAGGAAUAGGUUUAAGAGAGUGGAAGUUGAGGGGAGGAGUAGGAGGAGGGGAAAUGUGGGUUUGUCGAAGAGGGUGGAAGAGGAGAGUAGGAGGAUUUUGAGUGGUAGUAAGAGAAAUGUGAGUUUGUCGAGAGUGGAGGAAAAGAGUAGGAGGAGAUUGGGGGCUGGGAAGAGAAAUUUGAGUUUUGCGAAGAGAGUAGAAGAGGAGAGUAGGAGUUUGAGGGGUAGAGAGAAAGGUGAGAGUUCUGGUAAGGGAAGAGAAAAUAUUGAGAGUGUAUCAAAGGGAGUGCAAGUAGAUUUGGAAGAAAGUAACAGGAGUGAGUGUAGCAGUUGGGAGAAGAAAAGUAAUGGUAGGUACUCAUCUACAGAGAGUAAUUCAAAGAAAUGGUUGGAAUCUACCAGAGUCGGGUUUAGUGAAAAGGAUUACAGACACAGAGAACAAACAGGAAUGCUUUUAAGAGCUGAAAAUCAUAGGGGAAGGAAAGAGGGUUCCAGUUGUUCAUCUUAUUACUCCUUGUCAUCAGGAGAUUUUGGAAAUGAGGCAGACGCCAGGGAUAAGCAUGGCAUUUUGGAGGAACCAGGUUCAAGUGUGUAUGAUCAUUCACAAUAUGAUAGAGGUAGAUAUGAUGGAGAAAUCAGUGAAGAGUUUAGGAAUCGUAUAGAUGAUGCUGAGGCUAGUAAUGAAAUAUCAAAGCGGAGAAUUAAUAUAGUUGAGGGGGGUGGUAUGUGGGAUUGGAGGAAGAAGUCAGAAAAAAAGCUUACAGACGUAGUGAUUGAAGAAACAAAUGCAUCAAAUAAAUCCUCUGAAAUGCAUUCAAGAGUAAUGAAGACCAAUAAAAGUGAUCUAGCAAAGGCCUCUGGGUCACAAAAGCAGUUUGAUGAUGAGAGGGAGAAUUCCUAUUGGACACCAGGAACAAAAGAACAGUAUAGUCAAAGAGGAACGCGAGUUGUUAUUGAGAACGAAUCUAGAAGUAAAUUUCAAGAAGGCAAAGAUACACUAGAAGUCCAUAUAAAAGAUGCUGAAACAACAUCCCAGUCGCAAAGGAGACAUAGUGACAGGGAACAAAACCUGGCUGUGGCUACGAACUUGGUACAGGAGGCAAGAGAUGAGAAUUACAAGACAACUAGCCAUAUCAGUCAAAGGGAAGAUUUGAAACUCUCAAGAGUGCCACAAGUUCAAGUUGUUGAUACUGAAAGGACCUCCAAUAGGCGGAGACAGUCUGAGACAAGGACUAACCAGGAAGAAAACAAAUAUAUGGGGCUGAUUCCAGUUGUCCAGACAGAAGAGCAAUGCCGCCAUAUAGGGCAUCAAGUCGAUCAAAAUGCUACUUAUAUAGUUCAAUCCAGAAAAGGCACCAAUGAUAUUGCUGGAGUGUCAUUGGUUCCUGCAAGUGAUACGGCAACAAAUACCAAUUCGCAAAGAACCUUUGACAAGAGAUCUACCAAUCAAGAAAGUGGUAAGGUAUUGGCAGCAUCAGUUAAGGAAACAAUACAGAGAUAUAAACAAGCUGAUGAGAAACUCAUGCGAGUUAAAUCAAGAAAAGGGGCUGAAAGUUCAUCAAAAGCAUCAAGUAUUGAGGAAAAAGACUCAGAAGAACAUUUUAGUUUCCAAGCAUCUUUGAGUACGGUUUUCCAAGCUAGAAUGCAACAGGAGGAUUUUGAGGGGCAUAAAAAAAGUCCACAGGCACCAUUGUUACCUCCCCCUUCUCAAUUGAUUGCUAGAGGGGCACGUUUUGGGUUGUUGAGGGAGACUGCAACUCAGGAAGGAUCUCCAGAAACUUCAGAGGGUAAUUCAGCUGUGAACUAUGAAUCUUGUGGUGGAAACAGUAACACUGAGACUCCAGCAGAGAUUUUAUACCUCAAUAAUCCUGAGGAUGCUUUGGAUUCAGCUCAUCGGUCAGAUGAAUCAUCUUCUCAGUUUGUUGAUGAAUUCUUUGAUAAAAUUCAAUAUGGAGUCUCAACUUCUGAAAACCAGACUGCAAAGAGAGUUUCUAGAGCAGAGUUGGUAUAUGGAAGUGAGAAGUAUGGGCAAGUGACUCUGACUUCAUCAUGCAGCAGAAAUGGAAGUGAUGAGACCCAAGGGGAGACCACCGACCUCAUUACUCCUCAAGAUGCUUUGGGUUCAGCUCAGCGUUUUGAGAAAUCAACUUCACAGUUUGUUGGGGAGUUCUCUGAGAAGGUAAGGCAUGAAGCCUCAACUUCUGAAGAAUAUGGCUCAGAGACAGUUUCUGAAGCACAAUGUAUGCCUGGAGGUGAGAAAAAUGGGCAAAGAACUUCAGAUCAAUGUGGGUCUGAACAGUCUCAGCCAAGGGGGAAUGAGUCAAGGCGUUCAUCUGGAGGUUCUGGAACCAAGGGGCCUUCAAUUGAAAUGUGGGAUGUGACCGACACUGGCAACACAUCAAGUCUUAAAAGCUCCGAGGAAGAAAAACCAGAGGCUACUAAAACUAGUGAAAAAUCAGAGGCUACUUCAGCAAGUGAAAAAUCAGAGGCUACUCUAGCAAGUGAAAAAUUAGAGGCUGGGACAACAAGUGGGAAUGUCGUUGCCAAGAGAACUGGCCGCUCCAUAUGGAAUCUUGUUGCGGAUUUAGUUAAGCUGAGGUGGAAUUCUCAUGCUGAGACCCAUCCUUCUGCUGUAAGGUCAGGUGAAAAGAUUUCAUCAACUGAAUCUGCAAGUAGUGAGGGAUGGCUUUCUGGCCGUGAGACUGAGGAGAGCAGUGAAGUGAAUGUGAAGCGGGAAAAAGGCAUGCAGCCAGAGACCACCAUCAAUCAGCUACAACCAGUGAUAUCAUUUUCUCAAAGUGAAGAAGUGUCUAACACUGGUAAGUCGAAGGACAAAGUCAGAUAUCUUGAAACAGGUAUGACAUCUUCUCCAAAUAGAGAGGAAAGUAGGUUGACAUCAAAAUCCAUUUCUUUGUCUUCUGGUGAGGAGACUUUGAGUCCAAAAGAUUAUCAAAAGAAUUUUCGAGGUACUUCUUCUGGCAUUCAAAUAGUUGAAUCAUCACAACCACAAAUCACUACUGGCAUUAAGUCCCAUCUUAUCGAAGAAAUUUCAAAUGCUGGUUACACCAUCUCUGGAAGUGGUUCAAAGGAGAACAUGGACCAAUUUGGUCGUCAGAAGUUGGGUGAAGAGUCUGACAAUGUACUAAAGGGUGCAGAAAUGAAACUAAGUAAGCUUAAAAGGAAUAAGCAAGUCCUGAAAGACAAAUUUGAUGAAUGGGAAGAAGCUCAUACUCGUGAAAGUGAACAGAGAAAAAAUGAUGAAUUUUUUAUGAGAGAAGCACUGCUGGAAGCAAAGAAAGCUGCUGAUACUUGGGAGGUUCCUGUUGGUGCUGUACUGGUGCAACAGGGGAGAGUCAUUGCACGUGGAUUUAACCUAGUGGAAGAAUUACGAGAUUCAACAGCCCAUGCUGAAAUGAUAUGCAUAAGGGAGGCUUCAAGUGUUCUUCGGACUUGGAGGCUUGCGGAUUGUACACUUUAUGUAACACUUGAACCCUGCCCUAUGUGUGCUGGAGCAAUUUAUCAAGCAAGAGUUGACACUGUUGUAUGGGGAGCUCCUAAUAAGCUUCUUGGAGCUGAUGGCAGCUGGAUAAGGCUUUUUCCUGAUGGUAGCCAAGGGAGUGAAUCGGAACAGUCAAACAAGCCAGCUGCGCCAGUCCACCCAUUCCACCCGAACAUAACCAUCCGACGAGGCGUGUUGGCAUCAGAGUGCGCAGAUAUAAUGCAGCAAUUCUUCCAACUGAGAAGGAGAAAGAAGGAAAAGAGGCAAUCGACUCCACCAGCUCCACCCUCGACCCGUGCUGUUUCUCACCAUCCACGGAAGAUACUUAACAAGCUGCACGACGUCUUCCACAUAAUGUUCUGUUUAUGAGGAAUGGUACAAAGCCCUGAUUCCUUCUACAAGACAUCUGUGUUAAAAUAUUGCUUCCGUAGAGAUAUUAUGAUUCAAUGUUCUGUACAUGUUAUCAGCAUUGACUAGUUAACCUUGUGGUAAGUAGUGAGUUGGUCCUUACUCCUUAAGUAUCAUAGUACCAACACUUCUUAAGAUUCAAUGAAUUAUAUCUUCAGAGCCACCAGAUGGUGGUUUCUUACUUUCAUCAA